AUGUUGAUGAAAGUUAAACUAGGUCUAACAUAUUCAGCCCUUAGUACAUUUUUUUCAGUCCAUAGAACUACCAUCAGUAGAGUAUUUUCUGAAUGUUUACUUAUUUUAAGUCAUAAAACAAAUAAUUUAAUUUUCUGGCCAAGUAAAACAACUAUUGUAGACACAUUACCAGAGGUUUUUAAAAAACAUUACCCUCAUUGUAGGUGUAUCAUUGAUUGCACGGAAAUAAGAGUUGAGCAACCUCAAACAGUUCAACAAAGAGUUUGCUUGUAUUCCCGAUACAAAGGUGGUUAUACAAUUAAAGUAUUAGUUGCAAUUACACCAAAUGGUAUGGUUAGUUUUCUAUCUAAAGCAUACGGAGGUAGGUCUAGUGAUAGUUUUAUCACCAAUGAUUCCGGAUUUUUAAAUAAGCUUGAACCUGGAGACCAAGUUCUUGCCGAUAAAGGUUUUCCUGGAAUACAACCAGGUGUUGAAGGUCAAAAUAGUAUACUAGUUAUGCCCCCAAUGCUUCAUAAUGGUAGAUUUUCUGAAGAAGAAGUAAUAAAAACAUAUAAUGUUGCUAGUGUCAGAAUACACAUCGAACGAUUUUUUGCAAGAUUAAAAUCUUUUAAUGUUUUGAAUAAAAUAACAACUGAUCUUUUACAAUACAUUGAUAAUUUAUUACUCAUUUGUUGUGUAUUGGUAAAUUUAAGUUCACCAAUUAUAAAACAGUAG